AUGGCGCGAAGCAGUAUUAAUAGGAGAAAAAUUGAUACGGAGAACAAGGCGGGAGCAUUCUUCUUGGCGACUUUAGUGAUGUGGGGUGUCUCAGUUUUCUUCGAAAUUGUCUUCAAUAAGCGAAUUGAGCUUGUUCCAAUUCUUCUGGGCUUCGUUUUCUUCCAAUUAGCCAACUGGGUCGUCCGCAAUUUUAUCUCGCGUGAUCCUCUUUUUGUUAACACGUGUGUUUCUCUCCUCCAUUCAUCCAUUACUUCUGCUUCUGUUGUAAUCAUUCUGCUCAAUCAGUGGAUGACUAGUGGUGUAAGCAAGAUGUUUGAACACUCACAGUUGGUCGAGUUUACUUGGCCAUGGGCAUACCAAGCUUUGUGCUUUUCAUGUGGUUAUUUUGCAUAUGAUCAGUGGGAUAUGUUGCAUUAUCGGCUGUACAGUGGUUGGAUCCCUUCAAUCCUAGUCCAUCAUCUAUUGCUCCUUGUUUGCUUCACUCUAGCAUUAUAUCGGAAAGUCACAAUCAACUAUCUUAUUCUCACUCUCAUUUGCGAGCUACAUUCGAUUUUUCUGCACGUUCGAAAAGUGCGACGAAUGGUUGGCGUUCGGGAUGCCCAGAGUAUGAUUGUGAAGAUAGAAUGGAUUCUUAACUGGUUAACCUUUGUGUUCGCAAGAUGCAUGUCACAUGUUCUCAUCACAAUCAAGCUACUCCAAGAUGCUCCCAAGUUUGAGAAGGGAAUCGUGCUUCCACUUGCUCUCCUUGGAAUGGUGGGAAUGAAUUUUCUUAAUAUCUUUCUUGGAAUUGAUCUCUUUAAGGCUCACAGGGGAGAGACGAGAACACAAACACGGAAUGAUCAUAGUAACCAUCAGGAAUGA